UAAAUGAUACCUUCCCCAAUAAAACAAUAAGUAUACGUACAUUACCUGCGUGCCUCUAUAAAUAAAUAUGGCUUCGAUCAAACCCAUCAUUACAAGAUUUUCAUUAAUAUUCAACUACAAAGCAACAAUGGUGGUGUCACUCUUCUCUGCAAGGAAUGCUUUCUUUAUAAGCUUAUGCUUAUUUGCAGCAUUGUACCGGCCGGUUUUAAGUAAACCGGCUAAGUUUGCGGAUGACUUUAGGAUCACGUGGUCCGAUACUCAUAUCACUCAAAUCGAUGGAGGAAGAGCCAUUCAGCUCAAGUUGGACCCUAGCUCAGGAUGUGGGUUCGCUUCGAAGAAGCAGUAUUUGUUUGGCCGCGUUAGCAUGAAAAUUAAACUCAUCCCCGGUGAUUCCGCAGGAACAGUUGCUGCGUUCUAUAUGAAUUCGGAUACAGAUUCUGUAAGAGAUGAACUAGAUUUUGAAUUCCUGGGAAACCGAAGUGGACAGCCUUACACUGUGCAAACUAACGUAUUUGCUCAUGGUAAAGGCGAUAGAGAGCAAAGAGUGAACCUUUGGUUUGACCCUUCUCGUGACUUCCACGAAUACGCCAUUUCAUGGAACCAUCUCCGUAUUGUGUUCUACGUAGACAAUGUCCCCAUUAGGGUUUAUAAGAACAACGAGGCUAGGAAAGUACCAUACCCAAGAUUCCAACCAAUGGGUGUAUAUUCCACAUUAUGGGAAGCCGAUGAUUGGGCAACACGUGGAGGAAUAGAGCAAAUUAAUUGGUCGGAAGCUCCAUUUUAUGCGUACUAUAAAGAUUUUGAUAUAGAAGGAUGUUCGGUUCCGGGACCAGCAGGUUGUCCAGCUAAUCCAAAGAACUGGUGGGAAGGCAGUGCUUACCACCACCAAUUGACUCCAGUUGAGGCUCGAAGUUAUAGAUGGGUCCGAGUGAACCAUAUGAUCUAUGAUUACUGUACCGAUAAGUCUCGUUUUCCUGUCCCUCCCCCGGAAUGCUCUGCCGGAAUAUGAUCCAACAAACGUAUAAUGUCUCAAAAACAAGAUCAAAUGCCAAGUGGUUCCACCAGCAACUUUGUAGUGUGAUUGACGAGUCUUGAAUUGUAUGCUAUGAACUACUCAUAAUCAAUCUGGUUGUGGUCAAAUGUUCAAAUAUAUCUUUCAAAUUGUACUUUGUUUUCAUUCUGUUAUAUAUUGAUCUAUAUUAUCUUGCGAA